AAAAAAAUAUAUAUAUAUAUAUAUAUAUAUAUUAUCUAAGAGAUGAAGGGAAAUUUGGAAGAAUAUAAUCAUAAUCAUAAUCAUAAAACCCUAUCACAUUUGAGAAUUCAUUUAAUUCUCCUAAUAUAUUGUUGUUUAAAUGUUCAAUUAACAACAAGUAAUUAUUAUUAUCAUCAGAUGAGAAAAUGUUGUUUGUCAGAACAACUUUUGUCCAACAGAACGAGAAUCGAUUGUAUCACAGAAUACAAUUCGAAUAUUGAAUUGUAUAGUUAUUCAGAUAUGAAAAAUAUACAAAAUUACGUCAUACCUAAAUGUGAUAAUUUCAAUGAAACAACCGUGAUAUAUUUGGAUGGUAUUAAAUCGGAUGAUUUAAAUAAAAGUCACGCAUGUUUGGAUAUUGUUCAACGUGAAACUAUACCAAAGGAAUUACCCAUAUUAGUUUAUUGUCAUUUAAAUAAAAAUAAUACUAACAAAAUAGCUAAUGAAUUAUCAUCAUUAAUUACAACGAUAAGAAGAUGUUGUCCUAAAUAUAUGAUUUAUGAUCCAAAUAAUAAAUCAUGCGUACCAUUCAAUUAUUCGGUAUACGAAUUUCAAUUAUCAUUGAUAAAUAAUAACAAUAAUAAUAAUAAUAGUAGUUUUAAUAAUGAUAACAUGAUAGAUUAUUUUGAGGAUACAUUUAUGUCAUUAUUACCAAUCGUCAAACCAAAGGAUUUUUUAUUGGCUGUUACGAGAGGACCACCAAUUUGCAAAAAUGUUAUAUUUGAUUUGAAUAUAACCUCAAACGAUCUCAUAUACGAAGAUGGACUCUUCAAAAUGAGCUAUGACUGUAUUCUUACAACUGAUACAACUGCGACUGUUACAACUGAUGUCUAACUACGGCUACGAUUAUGACUACUGUGACUACUGCUCUACUUCUAYGACUGAGACUGCUUACUUCUUAUUCCUUUCCACGUAUUUUAUAUCAGAAAUGACCUACACCCCUUUUGAGAGAGAAAGAGCUUACGAAUCUUAUUGACCAAUAGCAUAAGRAUCCACCCCAUAGUYCACCGACGGGUACAGUCUAUGGUUUUCGGUAGUGGGAACUAUGCAUAAAGAAACUUAAUCUAGCACAUCGUAAUGUUACCCUUUUUAUGGUAUAUCGCAUAUGUUUACAUAGGAAUCUGAAAUUCUUCAAAGGGUCCCAACACUGCACAAAGUGUUUUUAUUGCACCAAUAUAUCCCGAUAAUCCUAAGGUUUGUUUAUGGUUUUAUGGCCUUCCUAAUCUUYUCUUUUAGUCUCURAAUAGAGUUAUUCCUUUCCAAAAAAUAAGAUAUAAAGAAAAGGACUGAAUACUAGUUGUUCGUCUACAUYUGCUACACUUAAAACUCUCCUACAUACAUUAUAUUGAUUACACUCAAAUWAAUGAUAACCUUUGUAAUAAGUAAAUAAUGUAGGAACGUUUUCUAUAUUAUAUAUUAACUAUYAUAAUAGAAUACCAUAAAAAUAGUAACCAUGUUAUUUGAUACAUUAAAAUAUUCUUUUAUAUUAUAAUAUAGAACUUAUGAAGUGAAAACUUCUUUAGGCGAGGCUCUUUUCCGUUUCCGUUUACGAGGCUCGUUUACGAGGCUUGUGUUCACGAUAAUAUUAUAAUUGAAUAUUAUUAUAAUACAAAUAUUUGGUAUGUACAAUAGGGUGGGUCGAAAAAAUCAAYUAUUUCUUUU